CUUUCUUUCUUUUUUUCUUUUUUUUUUUUUUUUAAGCAUUUGGUCCUGAAAUUUCAGAAAAAGUAUUUAACCUCCAUACUGAAGCAAGAUUUUUUUUUUAAAACCACUAUUGCCCGUUUUUACAGUCUUUCUCCAUUGCCAGUGUCAUCUUAAUGACCUGUCUGGCCUCUACGGGUUGCCUUAUUUUCUUGAGUCUAGAUUUUUUCCCCACAGAAUCCAGUAGCUGACACAUUGAAAUAGAUACACACCAGAGCAGAAUAUUUGCCUCUUGCCUAUGAGUUAAAAAAAAAAUCCAAGAAACUCAUGGAUUUACAAAACCAUAGCUCAGCUACGGUUGCUGUACACUGCACACUCCAACGCAGUAAUUUGAAUACGAAACUUUAUUUACUGACUUGAUCUUCAGCCAGAGUGGGCGCUUUGGUCCCUUGCAGAAUUGCACGUGACUAUUAUUUCAAUUAUUUCAUUCUAUGGACAGGACAUGUUUUUUUUUUUCUCACUGAUAAUUUUUGGUAACUUGAAGCCUUCAUUGGAUUUGAUAUCUGGAGCUUAGCCUCAGACUCAUCAUCUUAGGAUACAAUUAGCCCCUGCCCCUCACAACCCCAUGCCCAGAACCCUUCCCAACCAGUCUGCUCUACUGGAACUAACUUCCCAGCAGCUUAAACCCUCUGAGGGCUAGGAGUGCAGUAUCUCUUGGGGGUCCAGGUCUGACUUUGUUAGCACAGCACUCGUGCAGCCGCCAGGGGGACCCCGACCCUCCCAGGCUGCAUCUGAUAAGAAAGCAUCCGAGGGGCGUGGAACCGAGGGGCCUAUGGAUCCUUCUUCCAGAAAAUACAGAGUCCGCCGGGGAUCCCCAGUUCUUAUUGAGACAGGAGGGGCAGGUAUCUCCCGUUCUGGAACUCGCGUCCGACGGUGAUGAGAAGCGAGUGGGUGUGUCCGCUUCCGCCCGCUGGCCUUCAGAUGAAGCAGAUCGCCUGGAAGCGGUACUUUGUUCCCCAAAUGGGUUUUGUAUGGGCGCCAUCCCGGCGCUAGAAGUACAACUUUGCAGCCAGGGCGCCGGGUAGCUGGGUUGGGGUCCGGGGGGAAGGGUGGGUCCUGCACGCAGCUCUUGCACAGCUUGGCGACUGGGCCGGCGGAGUUCCCACGGGUCGUGGGCGGCGGUGCGAUUAGCACCGUCUGGGUCCCCGGCUGCUGGCGACGCUCCGGGAAGCCCGUCCCGCCCUCGCCCCCGAUCCUCCUCUUGGCGGCUUCGGGGGCUAGAAUUCAUCAGGAACCAAGCCCAAAACUUUCCCUCGAGCCCCGCAUUCCUUUUGUCUUUCUUGGCGGCGGCGGAGACGCCUUAGCUGCGAUCUUUUGCCCUGGCCUCGGUCACCGGUACCCUAGAAGGAUAGGGGCUGCGCUCGUCCGAUGGCGGCGGCCGCGUCCCCCAGAUGCGCGAGUCAGGGCGCCCGCACCCCGGCCUGACUCAUCUUCCUUUGGUGACCGCACCGCGUCCUCAGCCGGAGCCCCACGGGGAUGGGGAGUGAGACCGUGGCUGCCCGCAGCUGCCCAGAUUCCUCCUGACGCCCCCGACCCCGCCGCCUCCCUCGCUGGUCCCCGGAGGCGCACGCUGUCGCGACAGCUGUGAGAGCGAAGAGCCCGGAGAGGCCACCGGAGCCCCGAGACCAGGCGCUCAGGACAGACAAGUGGAUACUGAUCUGCCUGGGCUGUUGUGAAGAUUAAAUCAGGCAAAACACGUUACAUAUAUGAGAGCACAAGAGGAAACUAUGAUAGCCACUGGUGGGGUCAUCACCGGCCUGGCGGCCUUGAAGCGGCAGGACUCUGCCAGGUCUCAGCAACACAUUAACCUCAGCCCACUGCCUGCUACCCAGGAUCAGAAACCCGUCAGACGGCGCCCACGAGCAGAUGUUGUGGUGGUCCGUGGGAAAAUCCGACUUUAUUCUCCAUCUGGCUUUUUCCUCAUUCUGGGAGUGCUGGUGUCCAUCAUAGGAAUCGCCAUGGCAGUCCUUGGAUAUUGGCCCCAGAAGGAGCACUUCAUUGACGCAGAGACCACGCUGUCCACCAAUGAGACCCAAGUGGUUCGGAACCAGGGCGGUGUGGUGGUGCGCUUCUUUGAGCAGCAUCUACAUUCCGAUAAGAUGAAGAUGCUUGGCCCGUUCACCAUGGGCAUCGGCAUCUUCAUUUUCAUCUGCGCCAAUGCCAUUCUUCAUGAGAACCGCGACAAAGAAACCAAAAUCAUCCACAUGAGGGAUAUCUACUCCACAGUCAUCGACAUCCACACUCUGAGACUCAAGGAGCAGAAGCAGGCAAAUGGCCUAUACGCAGGCUUGCUGGGAGACACAGAAGUGAAGCAGAACGGCAGCCCCUGUGCAUCCAGGCUGGCUGCCACCACCUUGGCCUCCUUCUCAGGGAUGCGGAACAGCUUUCGGGUGGACAGCUCUGUGGAGGAGGAUGAACUGAUGUUGACUGAAAGUAAGAGCCUGGGGCACCUCAUGCCCCCGUUGCUAUCUGACAGUGCAGUCUCUGUCUUUGGCCUUUAUCCACCUCCAGCCAAGGCCACCGAUGACAAGGCCAGCAGCUCCAAGAAGUGUGACACCAAAUCGAUUGUGUCGUCAUCCAUCAGUGCUUUCACGCUACCUGUGAUCAAGCUUAAUAACUGUGUCAUUGACGAGCCCAGUAUAGACAGCAUCACUGAGGUCGCAGACAACCUCAAAACUAGGUCCAGGAAUCUUUCCAUGGAUUCCCUCGUGGUCCCACUGCCGAGCUCUGGUGAGUCCUUUCAGCCUGCUGUCACGUUACUCCCAAGGAACAAUUCCGUUGGGGAGUCCCUAUCUAGUCAAUACAAGUCCUCUGUGGCUCUGGGCCCCGGGACUGGACAGCUCUUGUCUCCGGGAGCUGCAAGAAGACAGUUUGGCUCCAACACAUCCUUGCAUUUGCUCUCUUCUCACUCCAAAUCCCUAGACUUAGACAGAGGUCCUUCCACACUCACCGUGCACGCAGAACAAAGGAAGCACCCGAGCUGGCCCCGGUUGGAUCGGAGCAACAGCAAAGGGUAUAUGAGACUGGAGAACAAAGAGGACCCGAUGGAUCGGUUGCUCGUUCCCCAAACAGCAAUCAAAAAAGAUUUUACCAAUAAAGAGAAACUUCUCAUGAUCUCAAGAUCUCAUAACAACUUGAGUUUUGAACAUGAUGAGUUUUUGAGUAACAACUUGAAGCGAGGAACUUCUGAGACAAGGUUUUAGUGUUUAUUUUUACCACUGACCAUUUUCCUUGGAGGUAUAUACUACUUUAGCCAGUGUUUGCCUCCUUAAAGCAUUGGUUGCAAGCCUUUUAAACUCAAAUGUCAGCGUGUUAGAAAUGGCUGGUUAACUCUGUAAUGAAGAUGGCUGUAUGUAUGGGUUCCUUUUCCCUGCAGAUCUGUAGGUUAUCACGUGAGAUUUUUGUUUUCUCACUCUCUGAAAGCAUGGUUUCUUUUGUUGACAUAGAUGCAAAAUACCUGCAUUCAUAUUAAGAACUUGGCUUUACUUUCAAAUCCUAUUAUCAAUGAUCAUCUUCAUAGAGGGAAGUAGCCAGUACAGAAAGUGCGGGGUACCAAAGUGUGGACAAGAAGUGUUAAACUCAGGUCUAAUACUCAAUAGACAUAAAUGAGAGAGAGUGCAGUCUUAAGAUGGGAUUUUCUGAAUUGCUUUAUUCAAGAUUGCUUACAUUACUUAAUGGGAGAACUCAUUUCUGUUACAUCUGUUGUGAAUCAUAUUCUGAACUCUUUAUGGGCAGUAUGUAUAUAUAUAUUACACAUCAGUUUUGCUAGGGUGAUAUUUUAAUGGAAAAAAAAAACAUGGUGGAGAAGUCCAUGGUUUAGAGAUAAAUAGCAAAAAGCAACUAGCUGUAACUUUAGAGCCUCAGAAUCAAACAUUUUCUCUGCAAAGUGAUGUGAAAAGUGAGUGAGCUACUGUAGUUUGUAGACUUUCUGUCCUGACAUGCGCAGAGAGAACGCCACCUAAGGAGCAAAGAUACUAUUAUUUGCAUCUAACAUCUAGUCACUUGCUGUUGUCCAGAAUUCACUUACCCCCAUCCUUAUUUUGUUCCAAAAUACUAUUAUUAUUAUCAUUAUCACUAGUUAAUCUAAGAAAUAAUCAGCUAACCUCAGCAUUUCUUCGUAUCUCCACAUGCCACCAGCUUGGAGGUUAAAAUGAAUUUAUCGCUUGAUAAACUGCCUUGUGAUUUACCCUGUGCUGGAAAGCCUUCCACUAACUCCAAAGACUCUCUCCUGGUGGGACAAGUUUUGAGGGUUGUGGUUAUCAAAUAUCUUAAAUUGUCAAAGAUACUAAAUACUAAAGUGAAUGUUUCCAUUAGACAUCUUUCUCAUUUCCAUGAAGGUAACAUGGUUUUAACAGUUGUUUAAUGGGGUCCUGGAAGAGUGUCUCAGCAGUUAAGAGAGAGCAUUGGCUGUUCUUGGAGAGAAUUCUGAUUUUGUUCCCUGCACCCACGUGGUGGCUCACAGUCAUCUGUAACUCCGGUUUCAGGGGAUCUAACACUCUCUUCUGGCCUCUGUGAGCACCAGGCAUGCAUAUGGUGCACUUACACACACACACAGGCACUUAUACGCGAAAAUAAAAAUCUUUAUUUUCAAAAGUCUAAUGGAAUACUCAGGAAAUUUUGCUGGUUUUUCCCAAAGCCUAAACAUUUGUGAACAUUCCUAUUGCAGUCACUAGAAGGAACAGAAAGGACACAUUUGUAAGAAUAGCAUCCUAGAAUCCCAACCUGUGUUUACACAGACAUCUUCCUUCUGGAGAGGCACCCUGCUUCGUAGAAGCUCAAGCCUGUGUGUUAUAAUAGACUAAGCUCAAUAUUUUACUAUAAAAACAUUUAAUAAAUGUCUGUUACUCCUAGAAAUGUGUGUUCUUCAUACCUUUGCUAUCAUUUUUUUAAAUAAAAUGUACAUUUCUGUUUUAAA